AUGUCGUCUCUUCUUUCAGAUCUCAUCAAUCUCGAUGUUUCUGGUUGCACCGACAAGAUCAUUGCAGAAUACGUAUGGAUCGGUGGAUCUGGUAUGGACCUAAGAAGCAAAGCCAGGACCCUUCCUGGAGUUGUUUCUGAUCCUUCAAAGCUACCAAAAUGGAAUUAUGAUGGAUCAAGUACCAAUCAAGCCCCCGGCGACAAUAGUGAAGUCAUCCUAUAUCCUCAAGCGAUAUAUAAGGAUCCAUUCAGGAGAGGCAACAACAUUCUUGUAAUGUGUGAUUCAUACACGCCGCAAGGAGAACCACUUCCCACUAAUAAGCGUUACAAUGCGACAAAAGUAUUUAGCCAUUCCGAUGUCGUUGCAGAAGAACCCUGGUUUGGCAUAGAGCAGGAGUACACUUUGUUGCAAAAACAUGUAAAUUGGCCACUUGGGUGGCCAAUUGGAGGGUUCCCUCCACCUCAGGGACCGUAUUAUUGUGGGACCGGUGCCGAUAAGGCCUUUGGCCGAGACAUUGUUGAUGCACAUUACAAAGCUUGUCUUUAUGCCGGAAUCAAUAUCAGUGGCAUCAACGGAGAAGUUAUGCCCGGCCAGUGGGAAUUUCAAGUUGGUCCGACUGUAGGCAUCUCGGCUGGCGAUCAAGUAUGGAUGGCUCGGUACUUAUUAGAGAGGAUAACGGAGAUGGCAGGAGUGAUCGUUUCUUUUGAUCCGAAACCAGUUUCGGGUGAUUGGAAUGGAGCGGGUGCUCACACGAACUAUAGCACAAAGUCGAUGAGAAACGAAGGAGGGUACGAGGUGAUUAAGAAGGCGAUUGAAAAGCUCGAAAAGAGGCACGUCGAACAUAUCGCUGCUUACGGAGAAGGCAACGAGCGUCGGCUAACCGGUAAACACGAGACCGCUGAUAUCAAGAACUUCAAAUGGGGUGUAGCAAAUCGUGGAGCAUCGGUACGGGUGGGAAGGGAUACAGAGAGAGAGAAGAAAGGUUAUUUCGAGGACCGAAGGCCAUCAUCGAAUAUGGAUCCAUAUGUCGUGACUUCCAUGAUUGCCGAAACGACCAUCGUUUGGAAGCCUUAAGUCCCAAUAUUUUGCAAUACGUCGUGUGUUUAUAUAGGACUAUUUCGUAAAAUUGGUAUCAAUUCGUUUCCAUGUUUAGGUUCGUUAGACGUUGAGAGUUUAGAUUCUGAUUCUUGGAUAUCGUAAUAAUCGCUUUGAGAACACUAGUCGAUGAACGGAUGGUGAAAGUUGUAGCCGAGCUCAAGUCUUGUAUGGAUUAAGCUGAUAA